AUAAAUAAAAACUUUUUUUUUUAAUUUAAAAAUAAAUAAUAAAAAAUAGAAAAAGAAGGGGGGAAAAAAGUUGAGGCUGCAGACUUGACUGGAGUUUUGAUCUGUUUGCUCGUACGUGUAUCCCAGGGCCUCUGGUGGGGCUGUCAUGAGAAGACAGAAGAAAACAGCACUAGAAAUUAUCCCCCCUUUCCUUCCUCUGUGAAUAAAUAGCGUGGCUUACUUUUUACAAAUGCCCUUCAUGUUGGUUUUCUAAUUGAUCUUGGGAAGGACCCAAGGACAACGUCGGCCAAUUUAUAAUGGCGUCCAAACUGGGAGGUGUGGGGGUGGAGGAGGGGGGAGCGAGGGGCUCGUCUCCGCCAUGUGGCAUUUCUGGAGCAGUGCCUGCGAGGGUGAAUGAAAAAGAACUUCAGAGGGCAAAGUCGAGUUGGCAGCCAGACUCUUUGAAGAUGAAGGAUGCUUUGGGAAACUUAAAAAAAAAAAAAAAAAAAAGACUUUGAAAGGAAAUGAUUACAACACAGGGUUUUGAUGAGUCUUAACAUGGCUUGGUUCUGAGUUCACUUUAGGCUCAGUGUCUUUGCCACUUGCCCUGUGUGGCUCCCACAAGGAAAAAUGAGAAGGCACUACAGACAGAAGUCUCCCUUGGAGCGCCUAGGACUUCCUCCGACCCCAAAGAGUUCACUUUAUGGGGGGGGGGGUGCCACCAGAUAUAGGUAGGGAAGGAACAUCCUCCGGAGAAGCUGAUACUGGGUGUUGAUUGGGUCGGGGUGGACCAAGGUUGCGCCCGGCGAGGUCGGGAUGGAAUUGUUAGGGUGGAAAAGUCACGCUGGGAACUACCGUGUGUCAAGACAUUAUGUGAGCAUUUUAUACAGAUUGUAUCAGUUGGUUUCUAUGAGGUGGGAACUGUAUUUUAUUCUCGUUGUAUGCCGGAGGAAACCGAGGCACAGAGCAGCACAGCUUUCCCCCAAGGUCCACAACUGGCUGAGGGGUAAACCACGUGCUGGAUUCCGCCUUCGGAACCUCUCUUUUCCUCCUCAUCUUCGUGCUAAGAGGCAAAAGGAGCAGGUGAUUCGUUUUAGUUGUGCAUUUACUGUGCGCCCAAUACAAAGCUGCUCACCACAACUUCGCCUCUAAGCCUUUCUCCCUCUUUACAGUUGUGGAAAUUACGACCCAGAGAGGUUAGGUAAUAUGUCCAAGGUCACACAGCUAAAAAGGUAGCAAAGCUGAGAUAAAAAUCCAGGUCCAUCUGGCUCCAGAGCCCAAGCAGCCGCCUCCCUCUUGGCCACUGAAUUCCGGAGGCCCUUGGGGAAGCAUUUGUUGUGACGGUAGCUGGGCAGCCUACCCGGAUCCACUGUUAACCCUCGGGACUACUGGCCAGGAGGAAUCCUGGUUAGCCAGAGCCUCUCUUGCUUCUCAGUCUCUCUGGUGCUCCCUGGGAGGCCCCUACCCCAACAUGUGCUCUCAGGGGCAGCAGCAUGACCCCUGCCCUCCCACCCCUCGAAUGGCUCGGGACACUGAGCCUUGCUCAUUUCAAGUCUGAUAUCGCGGGGUCACGCGCACACGGAUGCGUGUGUGUAUUCCGAAAGGCCGAAGCACAUGAAGAAGGAGCUCCCGGGAGAGACCGACCGAGGGGAGUCCCACUCAGUGAGCCAGCUGACCCAAGUCCCCGUCGCUGAGGCAGCCCGCGGUUCUGGGGGCGUCCUGCCGCCUCCCCCGCAAAUGCCAGAGGAAGAGCAGAUUGUGGUUCAGGGGGAAAGGCCCCGCCCAGGAGGGUGCAGAGAGCCGGUGCAAACCCCGGAGUAUGGGACGUAGAGGCGGAGCUGUGGGAAGCGCCCAGUCUCCUGCCCCGGGUGUGAAUCCUGCCCAGGCUCUUGACUUGCCAGGAAUCCACGGGCAAGUUCCGGCCCCUCUGGGGACGUUGGAAUCCUCAUCUGUAAAUGGAGACAGGAACGGUUGCACUCAGUCACCGGCAGGGAUUAUGUAAGACUGCGUGACAUAAUCCCAGCUCACGCUAAGUUUGCCGCCAUUAGGUGCCGGACAUCAAGCGAAACACUUCGUAUAGUCUCAGUCCUCCCUGUCCCCAUCGGGCAGAUGUUAUUAUUGUUCCUUACUUUACAGCUGUGGCAACCCAGGCCCCUCGGCUGCCUGCAUCCACGCCGGCCCCUCCCCCUCUCUCUCGGCCUCCUGUGCCCCCCUCCCCCCACAGGAAGCCUUGCCAGCUCACUGCCCCCAGCCCUGGGGAAUAUUGCUCAGGGCUCAAUGGGUCCGGAUUGCGGCUGCUGCUGGAAUAAAUGAGCUCAUGUGUGGCGUGCCUGUCUCUUGCUGAGUGAGCAUCACCCUAUGAAUUCUCGAUGAGCUUACCCAACGUACUGCAAUAUUGGAUCAGCGUUUAAAUGGACAGCCUUGUGCUCGCUGAGAAUGAACAGUCAAUAAAGGCCUGUUGACUGUCGGCUGGCUCAGCCCCGCUCGGGCUCAGGCCUGGGGUCCCUGCCAAGCCCGGAGAAAGGGGCAGCCCCAAGCCCCCAGCUCCCGCGGAUCUGAUGGUGCUUGGGGUUCUCUGCACCCGCGGAUCUGAUGGUGCUUGGGGUUCUCUGCACCCCCAGAAAGUCAGAGAACUUUCUUUCGCUUACCUCCUGUGGCUCGUUCUUCAAGCCUUCGGUCACUUGUGCCUUUUUCCUCAAGAGCCUCCCUUGUCUUGUUUAAUUUAGACGUGGGUAGUAACGAGGGCUUGUGUCUGGUCCACAGGACUGAGAUUUUUCAUUAAGGAGGCCCUGGGGGACCAGCUUCAUUUACUCUUCCGGCAUCUCGUCUGCCUGUUUGUUGCAAUCUUCAGGCAGCCGGCUCAACGGAAGGCCUGGGCUGCAGACGGGAGACACUGUCCACACCUCCUCCUAAACAGCAGCGAUUGCUUACCUUUGGCGGGUGGGGGAGCAUUAAAAGCAGCCAAUGCUCCUGAAAGGGACUAGGGGGCGGGUUGUGUUGUGAAACGAUUCAUUUUCUAAAAUUAAUUCUUCAUUGCUAACACCUAGGGAGGCAGCCUGAUGCAGAGAAAGCGCCUGAGCAGGGCGGUUGGCGGCUGGGUCACACAGGGCUGGCCGAGCGAUCCUUCUUGGUCUCACUUUCCUAAUCUUAAGCAGUGGGGACUAAAAAGAAGUCCUGCCCUCACAAGGCAGUUAGUUGUGCAACUGAAAUGAGAGAAUGUGCAUGAACGGUAGAGAGGCAGGAGAGCAAACCAGAAGCGAGCAUGAUUCUAGAGUCCAACCCCCUGGGUUCAAAUCCCAGUUCUGCCACUGAUGGGCCGUGUGACCCUGGGUAGGUCACAAAGCCUGUCUGUGCCAAGGUUUCCUCCUCUGUCAAAUGGGGGUAACAACUGAACCUAUUUCAGGGGCUUGUCGUGAGGAUUCAGGGAGGGAAUGGGCAUUUCGUGCCUGGUAGAGUGCCUUUCACGGAGUACUUAAGGAAAAGGGCCGUGAGUGAUAGGAAUGCUGCCGAAUGCAGCUGUCCCCGGCGGACGGGAGGGGCUCCAUGAACAUUUCCCGAUUCUGACUCCAGGCUCUUACGCAUUAUUAAGUCUGGCUGUGCUAGCACCUGUUGCCUGCUCUAGAGAAUCUGGCUGGCUCAGUCAGCAGAGCACGUGAGACUCUUGAUCUUGGGAUUGUGAGUUUGAGCCGCACCUGGGGUAUAGAGAUUCCUUGGAAAUAAAAUCUUAAAACAAAACAAAACAAAACGCCUUGCUCUCCAAAAACAGUCCGGAAGGGGUGCGGCUCCGACCCUGGAGUUUGGAGCAGUUAAACAGGGAGUUUCUGCAUUAGCUUUCCCGACCGCCUGAAAGUCCCUGUGACAGGCAGAAUGGUGGUCCCCAGAGAUGUUCAUGUCCUAAUCCCUGGAACCUGGGAAUAGGCUCUGUUAACUGGCAAAGGAGGAAGGAAUUAAGGCAGCAGAUAGAAUUAAAGUUGCAAAUCGUCUAAUUAAGAUAGAUUUUCCUGGGUUAUCUGGGUGGGCCCAGUGUAAUCACAGAGGUAGUUGAAGUGGGGAAGAGGGAAGAGUGUCUGGUUAAGAGACAAGGAGACAAGGAAAGCAGGUAGCCCCUGGAAGCUAAAAUCCCCUCGAUUGCAGCCAAGUGGGCCCGUGUCAGACUUCUGACCCCCAGAACUGUAAGAUGUAAAUUUGUAAGAUGUAAAUGUGUGGUGACUUGGUACAGCAGCCAUAGGAAAGUAGAGCAGUCCCAGCACCCCAGUUUCCUGCUGGGGUGACUUCUGGGCCUUGAACCCCUAAAGGGCUCCGAGUUAUCCGGAGACCCCCGUCCGCCACCCCCAUCAUGGCUGGGGCAGUAAUGUUUACCUCUGUCCCCCCUUCCUGCAAACACUUUCUGAGACCUUGUCGUAUGUCAGAGCCGGCACUCGGUACUGGGGACGCAGCCGUGCGCGGGACAGGCGGGUCCCCUGCCCCCAUGGGGCUCAGAGACCAGCAUGGAUGCUGAUCUUUACCCGAUCCUUACGGAGGACGAUAAUACCAAGGUUUUCUGGAGCUAACCGAGUGCGGGGCACUGUGCCCGCCCUUCACACACAGCAGUUUGUUGAUACUCAUGAGAGAGGUAGUGGGGUACCGGUUAUCAUCCCCAUUUUACAGAUGAGGGCACCGAGGCACGGUGUUUGGGGGACGUGCACAAAGUCACAGAGCUGUGCGGCGGCGGGCCAGAUUCAGAAUGCAGGCAGUCCUUUAGGGACCGGUCUGUGCUGCGUGCAAAAUGACAGGAAAUGGGGAAAGUUCCAGAGAAGAUGUCGGUGUGACCGUGGGCCCCGAGGUGUCCCUCUGGCCUCGAGGAUGGCAAGUCCCCGUUUUAAGCACGUGUCCAACGCUGGCUCUGGGGGCUGAUUUCCAGAGGCAGUGUGUGAAAGCAAAUGCUAAACACAGUCACAGAGUCCUUAUCCACUGAGCUCGAGGGUCCAGAAGGGGUGCGGCUCCGACCCUGGCCUCCUCGGCCGUCCUCUCUCACUCGGGGCAGCUCCCAAAUGAGGGAACCCUGGUGCCAGACCACCCCCCUGGUGCCCCGCCUUCUAGGCCAUCCAUGGCAUCUCUCAGUGGCGACUUGAAAGUCAAAGUGGCCCACCGCAUUUGUUCUGGAAGACAGCAGGCUGGCCGUUAUUCUUAGUGUACGUUCAAGUACAUCCAUCCACUGUCCCCUUGUUCACCAUUAUUCAUUCAUUCGUUCCCUCUCUGUCUCUCUGUAUCUCUCUCUCUCUCUCACACACACACACACACGCACACACAGCCAGCCCUGUGCGCACACGCGCGUGAUGCCGGCUCCAGUCCGACAAGAACACAGGCUUCCUGCCAUUAAUUGGAGGCCCCUAGCUGCAGACCUAGCAUAACAGUCUAUUCAUAGUCCUUUUGUAAUUCCAAGAACUGCCGCUCUAGCUAAUGCCUACUUCAGGGCCAAUGACUAGUUGGCAUGUCAGCACUUUUCGCGUUAUAAACACCCCCUUUUCAGCUAGGACUUCUCAUUUCAAGUCUUCUUCAGACAGAAGAGCUGCUGAGUGGCCAGCGGGCCCACGGGAGGCGGCCGGUACCUGGAGGUGCUCAGGGAGGGCGUGGCUGGAGGGGACUUACAGGCUCCGCUUCCUCUAGGAGCCCCACGAGCCCUGGGGCCCGGCCACUUCCUGCACGGCUGUCCGGCCGUCCGGCCGUCCGGCUCACAGCUUCCCUUGCCUUGCGCCCAUUUCCUGGAGUCAAAUGAAAAUGGCUUAGGAGUUGGUCCCUGCUCCAUAACUUCUGGAAUAAACCUUUCUCUCCGGAUCUUUGCUGCCUUCCAGGCUUUUCCACACUUCUGGGUCUGCGGCUCCAGUGGCCUUGUAAACACAUUGCUUUUUGUAAAUUGGAUGAGUAGACUUUUCUGGUUCGGUAAACACUGCUGGAGGCAGCCGGGGCCCCAGGAAACCCGCUUCCUCCUGAAACGUGCCCACAGGGCAGGCGGGACGGCGCUCAGAGACUGAGUCCCAGCUCCCAUUUCUUGAGGGCCUACUGUGUGCCGAGCAUUUUACCCACACGGUCUGAUUUUCUUCCCACAGUCCCGUGUGGUGGGUACCAUGACACUCCCCUUUUCACAGAUGAGGGAGACGGCAGCGAAGAAGGUUCGGUAAGCUUGUCCGUGCCCUCGCGACAGUGAGGGGCAGAGCCAGGAUGCGUGACGCCAAAGUAGGACAGACACUUCACCCAAGUUUCUGGGGACUUGGGCAGUCGUCACUGCCCUUCGUUUGGGAGCUGGAGCUCUCGAACACCGCCGUCCUGCACCAGAUGAGGCGGGACCAGGUCACAGACACCUGCCGGGCCAACAGCGCCGUGAGCCGCAAGCGGCGGGUGCUGACCCCCAACGACCUGAAGCACCUGGUGGUGGACGAGGACCACGAGCUCAUCUACUGCUACGUGCCCAAGGUGGCGUGCACCAACUGGAAGCGGCUCAUGAUGGUGCUGAGCGGCCGGGGCAAGUACAGCGACCCCAUGGAGAUCCCGGCCAACGAGGCUCACGUGGCGGCCAACCUCAAGACCCUGAACCAGUACAGCAUCCCCGAGAUCAACCACCGCUUGAAAAGCUACAUGAAGUUCCUGUUCGUGCGGGAGCCCUUCGAGCGGCUGGUGUCGGCCUACCGGAACAAGUUCACGCAGAAGUACAACACGUCCUUCCACAAGCGCUACGGCACCAAGAUCAUCCGGCGCCAGCGGAAGAACGCCACCCAGGAGGCGCUGCGCAGGGGCGACGACGUCAGGUUCGAGGAGUUCGUGGCCUAUCUCAUCGACCCGCACACGCAGCGCGAGGAGCCCUUCAACGAGCACUGGCAGACCGUGCACUCGCUGUGCCACCCGUGCCACAUCCGCUACGACCUCGUGGGCAAGUACGAGACGCUGGAGGAGGAUUCCAACUACGUGCUGCGGCUGGCGGGGGUGGGCAGCUACCUCAAGUUCCCCACCUACGCCAAGUCUACGAGAACUACUGACGAAAUGACCACGGAGUUCUUCCAGAACAUCAGCUCCGAGCACCAAACGCAGCUGUACGAAGUCUACAAACUCGAUUUUUUAAUGUUCAAUUACUCAGUGCCAAGCUACCUGAAAUUGGAAUAAAGGGGGUGGGAGAGGGAGAGAGUCGUGCUUUUUAAUUUAAGAUUUUUAUUUGUCAAAAGAAUUAUAUGGAUAUUGGGUUAUUUUGUAAAUUAAUAUUUCUUUGGGAAUGAUGCUGCGAGCAGCAUGGUGAGAAUUAUUUAAAAUCCUUAGUAGGGAAGGACGGCUGUCUUUGCAGGGGGAUGGGAUGGGUGUCCUUGGUUUUAGACGGGAAUACUGCAACGCUGUCUCAAAGGUUUCCUUGUGCUCUGGUGAAUUCCAUGAAUUGUGCAUCCCGUAAAUUCUAAUUAAUAUUAUUUAUCGUUAUUUAAACGUGGUCUCUGUAGAGAUUUCUUUUUGUGGCAGCAAGAUUCUGACGUCUUUGCGGAAGAAAAUGCGUGUGUUGUUCUGUGCUUGCUGCGGCUCACGUGGGGGCACAAAUGCCCCCCCUUGCUACGCACCCGCGGAGCCAGCUGUGUGAUAACACCCACCGCGAGGCCCAUCGUGCCGCCAUCUUGAAAUUCUGUGAGCGAUGAAUAGAAAUAGGCACCUUUGCAAGGGACUAAUUCUGGAUAGAUUCCGAACAACCCAGGAGCCCCCUGGCACUAAGAAAAAAAAAAAUGUGAUUUUGUUUUUGCUUUUAACCCAAGGAGAAGAACUGAUUGUAGUUUUGUUUUUUCCUUUCCUUUUCACCAGAAAUAGCAGUUUGUUAGGAUAGGCUUUUCUACAGAAACUUUUAACUGGCGGUGCCAGUUGUGACGGUGAAGUGGCUGUUGCUUUAUAGUCAACAAGUAUUUAUUGAGCAACUACUAUGUGCUCUGCCUAAGUUUAGGCCCCGCGGAUGGAGCAUUGAACAAAACCGAUAGUCUUGGCCCUCAAAAAGCUUUAUGUGAAUGCAGUACCCAGCUCAGCAAUUAGCAAUCCCCUGAUAUUCAUGGACUUACCAUGAGGUUUGGGCUGUUUUGAACAACCCCAGAAUGUCCGUGACCCCUACAGAUUGGCCUUUCUCUCUGGCCCAGAUUUGAAACACACUUAGAACAGGCCACUUCAGCUGAUGAGUAAUCCAAGUUCACUGCCCAACACGAGAGAUGACAAAGAUCCUGUGUCCACUCCGACGUAUCCGUAGCAUCUGGCUUUAAGCCCCGGAACAGAUUUGCCAGGCGUAGCACGAGAGGGUGCUGUGGCUGGUUAGUGAUGUCCUGCCUUGGGCGAGGGAAGGGGAACGUUCGCCAAGUGCCUGUCGUGUCAGUCCCGCAUAUCCACAUCUCCGGGUGGAAGCGUUCUCUCUUCUUGGCCACGGGCGAGAGUGCGGUGACGUGGCAGGCCUUGGCCAUGUGGGAUCUGCAGAGGCCCGGCGUGUCUCCCUCGUAGAGAUCCGAGGCGGGCCAUUCGUACACAUAGGCCCAAGUCCUCCAGAGGCUGAGACCAUCAACACCUUUGCGGCCACCGUGCGUGAGCAGCAAGGACAGCCUUCCGUGACGGCAACCCACGUCCCCAUUCCUCCGGAAGUCCGGAUACGGUCCGCUUCCUGUUCCUUGCUAAUGCGCAUCUGCGCACGCUUCUCAUUUCCAGCCAUUUCGAUGCCUUGGUUGAAGUUUGAGCCACAUCCCUCGUAGAGCUAGGGUGUGAGUUGGUAGCAGCUCCUGUAUAUAAUAAUAAUAAUUAUAGUUCUAAUAAUAGGGGGUCGGGUGGGAUGGGUGUGGGGUUUGCUUUUUGUUUUUGAUGCAGUAUAUAGCGAAGGGGUGAGACUAUUCUAAACAAGCAAAAAAUGAAUAAUUUAUUCACAGAAACGAUUCAAAUUGUAAAGCUCACAGCCGACUCAGCCACAGCUGCCACGUCUCACCGAGAAUAUUAUUUUGUUGAAUGUGAGUGAGGUGUGCACUGGAGAGGGUGGCCAAGGCUUUUUAUAAAAUGUUCUGUACCUUCUUCCAAGCUCUCUCCCCUUGGGGAAGGGCACAGCAACUGUGUCCUCCACGGAUAGAGAUGUUAGGCAGUAUGUUUUACUGAACAGAGUGACAGACCUCAACUGUCCCUGGAGUUGGGAGUCUGGGUCCUGUUUCUGAUCAGGGGACCCUGUCCUCAGAAACAGCGCUUCUGCUAAUGACAUGUUGUCCAGCGUUUCCUGAUAAUGUGCCCCACAGAACAAAGCUUCUAGGGGGUGUAAAGUUAGUGUGAUGCCACAAAGGGGGAAAAAAUGCGUUUUGGGGGUCACAUACCCUUGAGAAACAAAGUUAAGUCAAUUUCCUUUCUACAGGACUUUUCAGAGCCUGGAUGUGUGCUGUGCGUUGUGAAUCCCCCAAAGCAUCAUUGAGUUGGUAGCAUUUUCUGAACUUUUGUGACCAGGUUACUCUGUUUCGCACAUCUCACAGAGAUACUGCACAGAAGAUACUCUGGUUAGGUUGAUUUAGCAGAUCUGAGGUCUUCAAGGAUAAAACUACUUCCCUGACCCUUCUCAAAAACAAAACAAUAGAACACCAGUCUCUAUCUGGUUUAUAACAACAGAGGUACUUUAUCAAAUGAAUGAAACUUUUACGUCAGCGCAAUGGUUUUAAUCCUGGAUUCUACCCUGGGCGAUGAUUCCAUCCCUGCCAAAAGGGAGCAGGGGAUUGUCUUGGGUGGUGUGGACAGAGAAAGGGAGGGAGGGGUGGCAUCAGGCCACAGAGUGGUCCCCUUACUCCUCAAGCCUUAGGUUGCUCAAUGCAAGCAGAGUGGGCUCAACCCUUGACAAGUACUUCUUCGAUUCCAGAGUUUAGAAUUGCUCACCAUGUGCUUUUUCGGUUUUUCCAAUGGAAAUUCACGUAGAUCUCCCAAGUUUUGUGUGCCUGCCGCCAUGUUUGUUGGGUUGCGUGAGCUUGCUCGUGCCGUGUGCAGAGUACCGCCUUUCACCAUCUUCUCUCAAGUGAGAAGGACUGUCCUCCAAGGGACACGACUUCAGUGUCGUUCUGCAACAAGGGACUUUUCCCCUUGUGUUUUAUGUUCACACUUUAUUUUCUAAUGGCAUAAAAACUUUUCAAGAAAUUGAAUCAACUGUUCUGCGGAAUGUAGAAAGUAUUCUGUGUCCUUGGUGUAAAAGAAUCCAUGGGUAAAAAUGUGCCUGGGAAGCAAAAGCUUGUGUUUUGGGGUUUUUUUUUUUUUUGGGUUUUUUUUUGUUUUGUUUUUUUGUUUUUUUUAAGGAAAACUGUUUGAAAACGCUUUUUCAUUGCAUGCUUAGCUGGAGAAAAGUACAGGCAGGUGUCCUAUCUCCAGGCCACUUUUCAAAGGUGCUGCUGUGUUUUCAAAACCAGGUACAGUGAGGGUAGUAUUUACAAGGACAUUCCUGCUUAACCUAUCCCUUUGGUUGGAAAAUGCUAGAAUAUUAGCCACAGGGUUUGAAUUCCUGCAGCUUCUCCAGACAAUGCCACCCUCCCCCCAUCUGCCUCCCCAGCUGGUCUGGGAAGAAAGGCUUCUGCUGACCUGUGGUUGUCUCAGAGGGGACCUUCCCGUCUCCUUCCUACCCAGGUGAGUUUCACCCUCCUGAGAGCAAGGGUGUGGAAGCACAAGGAGCUACUUCCUGCUGGUAGAAAGUUCUCAGAAAAAAAAGCAAGUUGCUCGCACACUUAGAUGGUGGGGUCUGGACCACUGCUGAGUUAGUGAUUACAGAAGUUCCUGUUCUAACCUGGCAAAAAGCCAAGGGACUCUGUCCCCGGUGGGUGAGAGAGCAACUCUCUCGCAGUCUAGCCCUGCCCUACACACACACAAUCUCAGCUGCCCUGUUCUGUGCAGUCCUUGUGACCAGAAUCCCUUCCUCGCCCACUCCUAUGUCAGCCGGACUGACUGUAUGGCUCCCCCAAGUUCCUACAAGUCCCCCCAAGUUCCUACGACCAGCACUUCUUCCAGCCUUUUCUCAUCACGACUGACUGGACCCUAUGAACAGGCAACAGGACCACCAUAACCAGCUUGCCCCUUGGCUGUUCACAGGCGAAUUUCAGUUUGCUACUCUUUAUCAGGUACAGAAGGAGCCGCCCGUACUAUUUUCUUAUGAGCAUGCUCAGUAUGGUAUAUGCACAUAUAAUUUAACAUCUUUGUGGAGUGUGAUUUUUUUUUUUACAUAUUUGUAUGCAGUAGAGGGCUUGUUUUAGAAAACUCUCCCUGUAUCUUACUGUACUGUUCAAGAAAGCUGAAUUCCACAUUGCCAACAAAAGCGUGAAAUGUUCAUGAACCUUCCUCCAGGAAAAGCCAUUCAAGCCUGAUUAUUUUUCUAAGUAACUUCAA